AUGGCAACGCCGUCCAUCGCCUUCGAAACGCUGCCCGACGAGCUCCUCCUGGCGGUGCUCUCCCACCUCGCUCCCAUCGGCCUGUGCGCCGUCCGGGUGUGCGACAGCCGGCUCGUGGCGCUCGCGACCGACUCGAGCCUGUGGGAGACUUGCCACCGCCGACGCUGGGCGCGGCCGCCCCUCCCGCAGCAGCCGGCCGCGGGCUGGUUCGCGGACUUUGCGCGGCGCAGCUUGCAGGACGCCCGCGUCUUGCCGCUGCUGCGCGAGCUGCGCGAAGCCUCUCGCCGCGACUCGCCGGCUGCGCGGGACCGGAUCUGGAGGGAGCUGAUGGCGCCGGGCGUCGAGCUGUUUGACGUCGCGUGCUCGCUCACGUCGGACGGCGAGGAGGUCUCGCUGCACGAGGAGGCCGAGACGCUGCUGCGCGGCCUCAACCAGAACUCGGUCCGGAUCGAGUUUGAGGCGCUGCUCCUCCGAGCCAGGCAGUGCGAGGCGGGGCUCGGGGAGGGCCGCAACAUCGCGGAGCUCCUGGAGGAGCGGGGCGAGGCUGCGGAUGCGGUCAAGGCGCUCUCGGCGCAGCUUUUCGCCGAGGACGGCUUCCGAGGCAACGAGGCGCCGCAGAACUCGUUGCUUGAUCGCGUGCUCGAGAGCCGCACCGGGAUCCCAAUCUCCCUCUCCGUGCUCUUCGCCGCAGUCUGCAGGAGGGUGGGGGUGCAGCUCGACAUGAUCGGGCUGCCGGGCCACUUUUUGCUCGCCACCCGCCCCACGCCGACCACGCCGCGCACCUUUGUCGAUGUCUUCAACGGAGGCCGGCUGCUCGGGCUGCGCGAGUGCGAGGAGAUCGUCACCUCGUACGGGAUCGGCUGGUCCGACUCGAUGGUGACGCCGGUGCCCAUGUCGGAGGUGCCCGUGUGGCCACCCUAG